AGCUUUGAUCGUCCGUCCGCGUUGCUCCGCGCUACUACUACUACUAGCAAAUAGGCACGCGCUCGCUACGCAGCGAUUAAUAAGUAGUAACGUGCAUAAUAAACGCAGUGGCAGUGCAACCGUUACACAGUAUUAUAAUUAUAAUCGUAUUAUAUUAUAGUUAUUGAUUUCGGUGCUCGACGAGCGUCGAUAAAAUAGAUAUAUAAGAAAAUGAACAGACGAGGCAACUCGAUGUUUAAUUUUAGCAUACACCGCGAGUGCAUAUCGGUACACGUGGGCCAAGCCGGAGUCCAGAUCGGUAACGCCUGCUGGGAGCUCUACUGCCUCGAGCAUGGCAUCCAGCCCGACGGCCAGAUGCCGUCCGACAAGAUGAUCGGCGGUGGCGACGACAGCUUCAACACCUUCUUCAGCGAGACCGGAGCCGGCAAGCAUGUGCCCCGCGCCGUCUUUGUCGAUCUCGAGCCCACCGUCGUUGACGAGGUGCGCACCGGCACCUAUCGCCAGCUCUUCCACCCGGAGCAGCUCAUCACCGGCAAGGAGGACGCGGCGAACAAUUACGCCCGCGGCCACUACACCAUCGGCAAGGAGAUCGUCGACCUGGUGCUCGACCGCAUUCGCAAGCUCGCCGAUCAGUGCACCGGUCUCCAGGGCUUCCUCAUCUUUCACUCGUUCGGCGGCGGCACCGGCUCGGGCUUCACCUCCCUCCUCAUGGAGCGCCUGUCCGUCGACUACGGCAAAAAGUCCAAGCUCGAGUUCGCCAUCUAUCCGGCGCCCCAGGUGUCGACCGCCGUGGUCGAGCCCUACAACUCCAUCCUGACGACUCACACGACCCUGGAGCACUCGGACUGCGCGUUCAUGGUCGACAACGAGGCCAUCUACGACAUCUGCCGAAGGAAUCUCGAUAUCGAGCGACCUACUUACACCAAUUUGAAUAGGCUGAUCGGACAGAUCGUCUCGUCGAUCACGGCCUCGCUGCGUUUCGACGGCGCCCUCAACGUCGAUCUCACCGAGUUCCAGACCAACUUGGUGCCCUACCCGAGGAUCCACUUCCCGCUGGUCACCUACGCCCCGGUCAUCUCCGCCGAGAAGGCCUACCACGAGCAGCUGUCCGUGGCCGAGAUCACGAACGCCUGCUUCGAGCCGGCCAAUCAGAUGGUCAAGUGCGAUCCGCGCCACGGCAAGUACAUGGCCUGCUGCAUGUUGUAUCGUGGCGACGUCGUGCCCAAGGACGUCAACGCCGCCAUCGCCACGAUCAAGACCAAGCGCACCAUCCAGUUCGUCGACUGGUGCCCGACCGGUUUCAAGGUUGGCAUCAAUUAUCAGCCGCCCACUGUGGUGCCGGGCGGCGAUCUGGCCAAGGUGCAGCGAGCCGUCUGCAUGCUGUCCAACACGACGGCCAUCGCCGAGGCCUGGGCCAGGCUCGAUCACAAGUUCGAUCUCAUGUACGCGAAGCGCGCCUUCGUCCACUGGUACGUCGGCGAGGGCAUGGAGGAGGGCGAGUUUUCCGAGGCCCGCGAGGAUCUCGCGGCUCUCGAGAAGGACUACGAGGAGGUCGGUCUCGACUCCAUCGACGCCGAGGGCGAGGGUGCCGACGAGUAUUGAGAAGCCUUCUCCUUCUCUUUUUUCCCCUCCCGUCACUUCUCAUUAUAUUAUACACACACUCGUGCUAGGAUUUUUACACUGUACUGCUGUAUUUUUUUUUCUUUUAUUCGUCGAGAGGAUCGAAGGCUGGCCAAAAGUCGUUUGCUUUUAUAAAUUCGAUUUUCAUCUCUUGUAUAACUGUGUACGGUGUACGACACGAUAAUGCAAAUAUGCGAUCAACGACGAGCAUUAUAUAAUUAUCAUUUGAAUCGUGAGGAAAAAUUGUAACCUUUUCUUUCCAUGUAUUAUAUAGAUUAUGUUACUUAUUUGUAUACGUCAAGUGAGCGAUAAAGCAAAUUUGUUAAUUCUCAUAAAA